AUGGCCAUUGAUAUGAUCUCUGAAGCUCCAAGUUUAGCCACAAGUCCAAGAAUCUCUUUUUCCCAUAAUCUUUGCCACAAAGAUAUUGCUGCCACUACUAAUGCCAGUAGUGAUUUUAAUUCUGAAUUCGAUUUCUGUAUUAGCAGUAGCACUGAUACAGAAACUUCUUCAGCAGAUGAGCUGUUUUCAGAUGGCCUAAUUCGCCCUCUUCAACUUCAAGAAAAGUUUGUCACUUCUUCAAAACAGUUUCCUCUAUCAAAGACUCAAACUUUAUUUAAUUCACUUCCGCCCCUUCCAGUUUCCUCAUCAGAAAAUGAAAUUUCAAAGCAAGAAAUCAAAUCAGAGCAGCAACAAAAGAAUCUGUCGAAUUCUAAUUCCUUUUGGGGUAUUAAGAGAAGCAGUAGCGUUCAUUGUGUUAAUACACAUAAGAAAAGCUCAUUUUGGUCAUUGCCUUUAUUAUCCCGCAGCAAUUCUACUGGUUCAGUUCCUAAUUCAAAGCAAUCAGUACAGAAACAGAGUAGUGCGCAAUGGAAACAAAUGAAGAAUUCAUCAUCAGCAGCAGCAGCUAGUUUUUAUACAUCUCAAAAGCCACCUUUGAGAAAGAAUUAUGGUAAUGCUAUUCGGAUUAGUCCAAUUCUGAAUGUCCCAUUUGGAUUGGGGUCUCUGUUUUGCAAUGGGAAAGAUAAUAAGAAGAGUAAGAAAUGA